AGCCAGGAUGGAUGAUCAAGCAUGGUUUUUGAGAACUUCAAAGCUGGCCUUGGCUUUGGCAAUUAUCCGCUCGAAACCAGCAGACCAAAGCAGCAGAGAAUACACGGAGCAUCUCGCCAGGGUGGUGUCAGGGCAAGAAGCAAAGUGGAGAUCAAAAGUCGAAGCCUUGGAAGCCGAGGUCCUGCAGUUACGUCAAAAACUUCUUCUGAGCAGGAUUUGUUCAGGACCCAUUAAGACUGGAGACCCAUCUUCCCAGUUGCAGCCUCAGGAACGGAGAAGUUCUGAAAACACACCAGAUCUGCUGGAAGAUUCUGGGUGUGAUUUAUCAAGUGAGCAGAGAAUUGAACCUUCAGAGAUGCCCCCAUGGUUUGUGGAGAGCUGCCUCCCCACCCCCUUUCCACCACUGCCCAUUGUGGACAGAUGUCACCUUGCACCAGAAAACCCUCUGUCUUCUCACAUGCAGUUCUUGCAACAUCUGCUUGAACUGAAGAACUUGACAGAGUCAGGGAGUCUGAAAACAGACUUGAGCCACUUUGAAAACGACUCUUCCACAGUAUACGAAUCUGCUUUUCGGUUGCUGGAUGGCCUGAUCACUUUUUACCAAGAACCCAAACUUCCUUGUUCAAGCUUUUGGACAGAAGCUGUGGGUACCUUAGCUAAACUGAUCAGUGAUAGUAACUUAUCUAAUCAUAUUCUCAAAAAGUGUUCGAAGAAGUUGGAAGAAUUUGAGAAGACCCUGCUGCAGGUUAUUUUAAAGAACAGCCAUAUAAAUCGGGGAAAAGGGGAGAGAUACACAGGUCCCCUUCCCAGAAGUGGAAACGUGUGCAAUGCCUUGAAAGAUGGGGAAGAUGUAGGACGGCCCCUGCCUGAUAAGUGGGAGAGAUUGAAAGCCCACCAAGUGCCUUGUUCCUUGGAUGAAAAUAGACUUAAAAUUCUGAAGGACAGACAGAAGGAAGGACCUGCUAAGGCUGGGCCGGGAGGACCAAGUGCUCUUUCAGACAUGCCAAGUGUUGUGGUGACUUACAGUGUGCAUGGCACUGCAGUUGGCUUUAUCUCAAAGGAGAGAAAUGGCUUGGAGGUCACUGAGUCUUCAGCAUCCAGAGGUCAUUUAAAGCUCAGGAAGACAGAUCACAGGCAGAAAGAGGGGAGGGCCCAGGAUGAGUCCUGA